ACGUCUCCCAAAGCACCAGUUAGCUGGGAUUAUGUGCCUAGCUUCCCUUCCGCCAUGAAGCUGACAAGAAAAGGUGGCGUCGACUGCGUCGACAUGUCUUCAGAACCUUGCUAGUUAAUUCUGCUUUGCGGAGGAGGUGUCACAUUCUUAUUUGUGACAGAGUUCCUGAUUUGAAAGGAAACAACAUGUCCAUCAGGAAGGUGUUCGGUGGCUCAGGAACGAUGGAUACGGACACAAAGGGACGAAGAGCACAACGGUUUCCGAGUCUUCGGCUUGCUAACGGCCGUAUUAGUUGUGGGACACCCUCAGAAGAAGAGAUUCGUUCACCACGUAGCCUACACAAGGAAGAAUCCAUCAAAAUUAGUGUUGAAAACACAGACUCGCUGGUAACUGCCACCGGAGACGAUGAUCCGGCACUUGUUAACGACUAUAUUAUGUCUGAAAUAAAUUUUAAAGAUGGGCGAUCCAGUAUUGGGGGAGGGGGCCCAAAUAAGGACGGCGGUAAUGAAAAGGACGACGUUAGUCUAUAUGGAACACCCAAGGAAGAACUGGCCCCAGUACUGGCGGAAGCUAAGGCAUCGUUUAUGCGGAAUCAACUGGAAGCGCUCUUUCAGCCGUCCGAUAACAAACUCGCUAUGAAACUGUUUGGAAGUAAGAAAGCCCUUAUGAAAGAACGGAUCAGACAGAAAGCUGCCGGACACUGGAUUAUCCACCCUUGUUCUACAUUCAGAUUCUACUGGGACCUGUGUAUGCUGCUAUUCCUGGUUGCAAACCUUAUUGUUUUGCCUGUUGCUAUUUCUUUCUUCAAUGACGACUUGUCUGCGCGAUGGAUUGCCUUCAACUGUCUUUCCGAUACCAUCUUCCUCCUAGACAUCGUUGUAAACUUUAGAACGGGUAUAAUGAAGCAAGAUGGCUCUGAACAAGUGAUACUGGACCCAAAUUUAAUAGCUAAACAUUACGUAAGGACAUGGUUUUUUCUUGACCUCAUUAGUUCCAUACCGCUGGACUAUAUUUUUUUAAUAUUCAACCCAGACUACAGUGACAAUUUUCAGCUGCUGCAUGCCGGCCGUGCGUUACGAAUUCUACGUUUGGUCAAAAUGCUUAGUUUAUUGAGGUUGCUACGGUUAUCGAGAUUGGUAAGAUAUGUCAGCCAAUGGGAAGAAGUAUACAUGGCAACUUUGGCGUCCUUGACCUUUAGAACUGGUGUCUUCACAUGUCUUUUUGAGGCCUGCGGUGAGACCUGCGUCUGGAAGUUCCUCAACAUGGCAAGUGUCUUUAUGAAGAUUUUCAACCUUAUAUGUAUGAUGUUACUGAUUGGACAUUGGAGUGGUUGUCUUCAAUUCCUUGUACCCAUGUUACAGGGAUUUCCAUCCAAUUCUUGGGUUGCUAUCAAUGAACUUCAGGACGUUUUCUGGUUCGAGCAAUACUCCUGGGCAUUAUUCAAGGCUAUGUCCCAUAUGCUGUGUAUUGGCUAUGGCCGAUUUCCUCCACAGAGUUUAACAGAUAUGUGGUUAACUCUACUGAGUAUGAUCAGCGGCGCCAUCUGUUACGCCCUAUUCUUGGGACACACAACUAACCUCAUCCAGUCACUAGAUUCAUCUCGGCGCCAGUAUAGAGAAAAGUUGAAACAAGUUGAAGAAUACAUGGCCUAUCGUAAGCUACCACGUGACCUUCGUCACAGAAUCACAGAUUACUUUGAGCAUCGCUACCAGGGCAAGUACUUUGACGAGGACGCCAUCUUAGGAGAACUUUCUGAAAAGUUAAGGGAGGACGUUAUCAAUUUCAACUGUCGCUCACUUGUUGCGUCAGUUCCCUUCUUUGCAAACGCUGACUCAAAUUUUGUUAACGACGUCGUUACUAACCUUGAAUACGAAGUCUUCCAACCGGGAGAUAUCAUAAUUAAAGAAGGGACACUUGGGACAAAGAUGUAUUUUAUUCAGGAAGGAAUAGUAGAUAUUAUCAUGUCAAACGGUAUAAUUGCCACAAGUCUGUCUGACGGAUCGUAUUUUGGAGAAAUAUGUUUACUCACCAAUGCCCGAAGAGUAGCCAGCGUCCGAGCAGAAACCUACUGUAACCUGUUCUCUCUCUCUGUGGAGCACUUUAACGCCGUUUUGAAUAUCUAUCCACUGAUGCGAAGAACAAUGGAAUCUAUUGCAGCUGAAAGGCUGAAUAAGAUUGGUAAAAACCCAAAUAUCGUAAGUCAGAGGGAAGAUUUGCAGAGUGACUUGAACACAGUGAACGCUAUACUUCUGUCCCAUCAGUCCUCGAGUAGUGAGGUGUCCGGCGACAAGAAUGAACAUACCAUCGCUGCCGCUCUAAAGAGCACUAUUCCUCGUCCUAAGUCUGAAAGCUGCUUCCCUCGUGUAGACUUUGGACGUUUUGAACCUGCUUCUCUUCCAAGAUCAGAGACUUUUUACCAAUCUCUUAGCAGCACACCUGCUGAAACAACUUUUCACGCCUGAUACCAUCAGACUAGCAAAAAUUGUUAAUUUAUUUUUCUUUAAAAGUACAGAUUACCGCCAGAGCCUUGAAAAAUAAGAUUAAACUCUGGCGUUUCGUCCCAAAGUAAUAAUGAAACUGUUCUUCCUUCAUAAGUUCUGGAGUAUGCAAUAAAUUAGGGAUAAUAUAAAGUGUAUGCAUAGACAGAUUGAAAAAAAACGUUUCUUACAAGACUUUAGCGGGUUCCUGGUUAUUAUCACCAGAAAAAACAAAUUAGUAUGAGUUUCCACUUCUUCAAGCAUCGAAUAUCAACACAACACACGUUUAACAAUUCACUUAGAUUUUUCCGCCUCCUCGUCAAAUUGGUGAGGUUUAUUGUACAUGACACAAAGCUAGAUUUGGAGCCUAAGACUAUCUACAAGGAAUUCUCGUUUCCGAUAGAGGUCUCUAGGACUUUUCAUUAACUGAGUUACUUUCAGCGUCCUCUUGGUGAAAAUCAAGCAAGAGUAGCUGUCUCACGAGACUUAAUCGCUUACUUCAUGGACAACCAGGUAUUUCCAUACCAUCGGUUAACAGAAUAAGAAGAAACAACAAUGUAUAUCACCUGUCCUCUUCUAGAAUGUUCACCGACUGAAAUAGUAAAAUAACCUUAGGGAAAGACCUUAGGGAUCUGUGCUUUUCCGUAGUAAUGGAGAAUGAUACACGUAAUUUACCCAGAAACAUGGUCUAUGAUAAGCGGAUCUUAGUAGUGGUUUCUAAAUGUGUCGAUAGCGUUGAUUGACCAACUAAUUCAUAUUCUGUAGCUAUGCAUAUCUCAGAAAUAAAA